UAAAAUUGCCAUCAAUAUCUCUCAUUCUAACAAAAUCAAUGGUUUCUCGCCGGCCCCCUUCUUUCUUCAGGAUGUUGCUAGAUCCAUCUGCCCCUUAUUUGCCAUUGCCAUCUGAUUUUGUUUGCAUGCACUUAAAAAACAAAAUGCCAAAAGGCCCAAUAGUAUUUCAGUGUGCAAAUGGGUGUCAUUUCUGGAGGUUAAAGAUAGAAAAGAUUGGUGAAAAUUACUGUUUUACAGAUGGAUGGAGCAAUGUGGUUCAAGAUAAACAUUUGGGAUUUGGAGAUUUUCUUGUAAUUUGGUAUGCUAAUAGAUCCACUUUCAAAAUGUUGGUUUAUAGUCCAAAUGGUUGUGAAAAAAUUAUGCCCCAAAAAGAACCUGUUGUGCCCCCAACAGAACAUGUUGUGCCCCCAAAAGAACAUCAAUCUGGUGAUGAUGGUAAUGGUGAUGACUGUGGUGGUGAUGUUAUUGAACAUUUUGAUGAUGCUGGUAAUGGUGAUGAUGAUGAUGAUGAUGAUGAUGAUUAUGAUGAAAGUGAUGAUGUUGGUGAUGGUGAUCCUUCAUUUGUGGCAAUAAUGGGUAAAACCCAUGAAAGAACGCUGCGGCUUCCGGCACAUUUUAGUGGAUUGCCUGGAAUAGACGCUAUGGAAGGGAUUGUUAUAGUGAAGAAUCUUCAGGAAAAAGAAUGGCCCAUGGGCUUGCGUUUGGAUAGAUCGUUUCAAUCAGAAAGGUACAUGUUGAGUUCGGGAUGGUCUAAAUUUUACCGAACUAAUAAUUUAUCUCUAGGAGAUAAAUGUGUAUUCAAGUUCAUUAGAAGCCAAGGCAAGAUACUUCUAGCCAAAGUGACCAAGAAAAAAUGGUCAAGGAGACCGCCAGAAUCGUCCGACGAAGGUGAAACUCUGAUGAUCAGUGAUGAUGUUGAUGUGGCAAGUGAAGAUGAAUAUGUGAAGGUGGUGAAACGACCACGUCUAAUGCCAUAUCACGACUCUAACUUUGUUUACUUUUGAAGACUUUAGUUGAUGAGCUAGCUAGUGUAACGUGUAUGGUAUGGUUAAAUUUCAUUCGGAACGUGUUUUAGUCAUGAAAAAUCUUGGUGCUUGUAUGCAUAGCCUUCAUUAAUUUUGUGUUUUAUGUUUAGGAAAAUGAUUAAUAUUUUUAAUUAAA